AUGUCAAUGACAUCAACAACAAAUUCAGUCAAACAACGUAAAUUAAAUGAUUUACGUGUUGUUGAUUUACAACGUGAACUUCGUUCAUUUAAUAUUUCUUAUGAUAAAAAAGAACUUAAAGGAUCUCUUGUUGAAAAACUACGUCAAGCUUUACUUAAUCGAAAUCUUGAUCCUGAUAAUUAUCUUUUUGAUACGUCUACUGAUCUUAAAUCAAUAUCAUCAGAUGAUAAUAAUCGAAGUCAUGAAGAAAAUAGUUUCCAUGAUACAAAUAGUUCAGAAACAUCAACUAUGGAGGUCGAUACGAAACAACAAUUAAAUACUGAAAAUCCAGUGCAAACAACAACAACAACAACACCACCAUCAUCAUCACCAUCACCGAUGAAAAUUUCAACAACAACAUCAUUAACAAAAGAUAUAGACGAUGAACAAAAUGAUCAAACAAAUCAUAUGGAUACAAUUGAUUUGAAACAAAUUGUUGACAACUGUGAUAAUAAUAAUAAAGAUUUAACAAUUGAACAAUUACUAACAAAUCAAGAAGAUGAAAAUACUAAUGAUAAAAUUGAUCACGGUCUUAUACAAGUAUCCUGUUCAUCAUCCGAUGAAGAAUUAGAUACAAAUAAUCAAAUAGGACAAUCAACAAAUAAAAAAAAUUUUAAUCAUAAUACAGAAUCAAUACCACCAACACCAACAACAGCAACACAACAACAAACAUCAUUCGAACAUUCAAAUGGUGAAGAUGAACAACAUACGUCAACAACAACAACAACAACUACAACAGAUCUUUCGACUGAGAAUGAUAAUCUAUCGAAAAGCGAAACAAAUCGACAAGAAUUAUCAGAUGAACAACAAAAAAAAGAUAAUACUAAUAAAUCGAAUAAAGAUGAUUGUUAUCUUUGGGUAUCAAAUAUUGCCAAAGAAACUCAUGCGUCUGAUUUAAAAGCAUUAUUUUCAAAAUAUGGAAAAGUUUUAACAACGAAAGUUAUUGGAUCAAGUUCAUCACAAUGGUUUGGAUAUAUUCAUUUAGCUACACGAGAAGAUGUUGAAAAAUGUAUUCAAGCAUUACAUCAAACAGAACUACAUGGAAAAAAAAUUUAUGUUGAUCGAGAAAUGCAUGAUCAAACAUCGGAUUCAUCAUCUUCAAAAUCCAAAUCAAAUAGUAGAUCAACAUCAUCUAAUCGUCAAAUAUCAUCACGUGAUACAUCAUCAAGUGCACAAAAAAAACGAUCAGAUCAAUCAAGUCAUAAAUCAUCUACAAAUGAUUCAUAUAAAAAUCGUGAUUCAAUCACAGAUAAUCAAGAUAAACUAUCGACAGUAGAAACAAAUGUAUCAUCGAAAAAACGAUCAGCAUCAACAUCUAAUGAAAAUAAAAAAAAACUAUCAACAUCCGAUAUAAACAAAUCAAAUAAUGAUGACACAACAGUUAAAUCAUAUGAAACUGAUUCGUUGAAUAAAAAACCAAACGAAUCCUAUAAUGAAAAACGACGAACUUCGUCGAGUAGUAGUAACAGUCAAUCAACAAAAUAUCAUAUAUCUCGUGCAGAUGUUCCAAAAACAACCGAAAAAUUAGAAUCUUCUCACAAAUCGACUACAAAUGAUCGUAAAAAUGAUAAACAUUCAAAUAGAUCUGAAAAAUCAUCAACACAUUCUACAUAUAUUUCAAAAUCGAAGGCAUCAUCAUCACCUGUAACACGUCGAAGUCAUUCAAGUGAAAAACAUUAUAUUCCAUUAACAACAAAGCCUGAUCAUCAUCGUUCAUCUUCAAUUGAUAAAUCUAAACAACAUACGUCAUCUCAUAUGAUAUCAAAUAAAUAUGAUAAACCAAAAGAACCUUAUUUAAAAGAUACUACUCAUCAUUCAACAUCAUCAAAAACAUUUGAUACUGAUCGUCGUUCAACUUAUCAAAAUGAAGAACGUUUACGACAUGAAAAAGAAUUACUUGUACGAAAACAAUAUGUUCAACACCAAGAAGAAGAAAAUAUUAAAGAGCAACAACGACGUUUAGCUGAAGAACGUGCACGAAUGAGACGUGAAUUUGAAAUUCUUGAACGUGAACGUUUAGAAAUCGAACGUAAACGACUUGCAUUAGAAAAAGACAAACAAGAUCAAGCACGAGAACUUGAAAAACAACAAAGACGUUUAGUUGAUGAAGCCAAACAUCGACAACAACAACAACAACAACAAGCUGAAGCUAAAUUACGUGAUGAAAAAUUACAUCGUAUGUCAGCACAUAAUGAUAAUAAACGUCCACGUUCAUCACAUCAUGAACCACAACGUUCACAUCACACAAAUACAAAUAAUAUUAAUAAUUCAAAUAAAGGAUAUGAUCAUCGAAUAUCAACAAAUACAACAAGUGGACGUGGACGUGAUCGAUCACUUGAUGAUACUAAUCGUGAUUAUUAUCCAGAACCAAAACGACAAUAUACAAAGAAUCAACGUGAACCGAUGUUUCGUGAUCGUGUCGUUUAUCGUGAAUCUGAUCAUCCACCAUCGACAUCUAGUCUUGGUCUUAGUUCUUUGUCAUCAAUAAAUUCAAGUAAUAACAAUCAACGAUAUAUUCCUUCAUCAUCUAAUCAACAUCGUCUAUCAGAUCCUUAUAAUACAUUACCACAACGUGGACGUGAUAUGGCUUUACCACCUACAUCAUCUGUUAGUACAGCUUAUGAACGUUCUUCUCGAAAUGUUGCUUCACCACCAAACAAUACUAAUGCAAUUCUUCGACGUCCACAUUCACGUGAACGAUUUGAUGAUCGAGAAUAUAUACAACAAGCACCACGUCGUGAUAGAUCACCACCGACAAAUAAUACAUUACGUCGUGAAUCAAUGGAAACAACACAUUGGGAACGACCAAAACCUCGUGAUACUACACAUUAUGCUGAUGACACUCACAAAUAUUUACCUACUCAAUACAUUUCUGACACAUCUCAAUCAGCUCAACAACAACAACAAGGCUUGUGGUCAGCAGCACCUCCAUCACGGCAACAACAUCAUCAUCCUGAUUUGCCAGUUAAAACUGCUUCUCAUGCACCUGUAGUAGACCCAUACGGUUGGCCACAUGUUUCUCAACAAGUACCACCUCCAUCACUUCCGUCUCAUCAUCCACAAGGAUUAUCAUCAUCGCAUGAUCGAUCUCGUGCUAAUGUGGCUAGCAAUCAACGUAUCCCUAUUCUUCCAUCCAAUCAACCACCACCACCACCACCUCCAUCAUCUCGUGGCAGUGCAACGAGUCAAACUCAUUUGUACAGUCACCCUGGUAUACCUGUAAACGCUCUUCCAACAUCUCAACAACAUGCACCAUUAGCACCACCACCAACAUCUCUUCAUCAUACAACAGCCUAUGUAACACAACAAGUUCCACCGACUGGUGGACUUGUCCUUCAUCCAACGGGUCAACCACGUGCCUAUGAACAACAUUAUGUUGUUACACAACCUUUAUCACAACGACGUUAUUAA